GACGUACUUUACCGUGGACCUGACCGUGAACAACUUCGCACCGGAGGCACGGCGAAAACGCGACACGCUGCGCCAGAUCGCAGUGUCCGACCCGGUGCUCCGGACGGUGGGCCGCCUGUUCCUCAAGUUCGCCAAGCGCUCCGGCCUCACCGGCACGGCGCACGAAUACGGCUUCGAGCGGAUGCCUUCCUUCCGCUUCAUGCUCAUCUUUCUGCAGUGGGUGGUAAAGGAGAGGUUCUUCGAAUUAAGCUUCGUCCGUAGUAAAAUCAUACCCUCCAGGAGCACCGUCGACGGCGACGUGUCCGUACCGCAAUUCACGGCAAAUUUGUCGAAAAACUCCGCUUUUCAGGCGCACUACAAGCAGCUUUCGAAGAAAGAGGGGGAAGUAGCUGAAGCCGACAUGAUGAUCGCAUUUGUGGAAACGUUGUACCGAAAGUUGAUAACCUACGUGAACACCACAGUGCUCUCCGUGGUUGACCACCACGCGGGCCCGCGCGACUCGCUCCUCCGGCCCGAAGAUUUCCUGUCGCGGUUCGCGCUGCUGGUGCAGAAUCAGCAGAUUCAGCAGCCUGUAGUAUUUGCGCCGUCGAUUCAACCUUUUCCCCCUAUGUACCAGGGGAGAAACCCCUGGGUCGGGGCGUUCGGCGGAACAGGAGUCGUGGGGGCAGCCACGUCGCCGCUGCGCGAGCACAGGAGUGUGCGACUUGCGGAGGUCAGGCAGUCGCUGUGGUCCUGGGAUCCCUGGUUGCCGCCGGACAACCGGACGAGCUUCAAGUAUUACAACCCAAAAUUGUUUUUCUCCGCCUUCCACGACGAAGCCUACCGUUUGGAACAGGCGUACCAGAACGAAACAUCGAGUGCAGCUGGUUGUACCGAAGUACCGUCUCCCUCGACCACUGGUGCCGAGUCACCGUCGCGGCGGGGGCUGAACCUGUCCGCACCGGUCUUCGUCCCCGGGGCGCCAUGUGAAGGAGCUCUCACUUCUGGAGCUUUCGGCCCGGGAGGUGGGUUCGUCGGUUCCGUCGCCGGAGGAACAGGGGGAGGCGCUUGCGUUGGAAACAGUGGUAUCUUUUGUGGAAGUCCGCCGUUAGGUGGGGUCGUGCCCCAGCAGGGAGGGGCGUCGCCUUCCUCCUUUGCGUUGCCUUCCUCCUUACCACUGCUAGUGCAUCAGAGGACUACAACAACAGCUCCCGUACCAUCCUCAACCUCAACGUCAACGCCACCCACGGGAUCUUAUAUUUAUACCGCCCCGGCGCCACAUCGACAGAAAUCGCGUCCAAGUAGGACGAGCAAUAGUUCAUUCUCGGGCCCGGGUCUAUUUUUACCCUCAUCGCAGCCCCCAGUAUACGCCGCACCCAGUGUUGUAGAUCUGCCUCCAGCACCCUACAUCCCUUCACAGGAGGACAACAGACACGGAAAAAUAUUUGGAACACCAGCAGACGUAUUAAGCCCUUGUGAUGUAGUUCAACAUACUACAUCAACUUUUGCUGAGCAGCUCGUGACGGCAAAGCCACAUGAUUCGCGACAUAAUUCGGAGGGCAGUUCUUGUUCUGUGACUACACCCUCAGGUGGCCAUAGUCGUUCCUCGCCAGCCACCACCGCGCAAGUGGCUACGACGGGUGGUGCAGCUGCUUCCUCCUCCACGGCCGCGCCGCUUCCGCUUCCCCCUCCUCGUCGAUCCGUAAACAAGCUGCAGAACAGGGCCUACAAUCCCAAAGCGGAUCGACCCCGCACUUGUUCCGAAGAUGCUGGAGGUGUUGAUGUUGUACCUGCCCCGGAGGUCGCGCCAGCAGCAGAAGCGGAGCAAACAGAGCGAGAGGCAGGUAUUGUAGGGAAGGCUGAUGACGGCACGCUCCUGCAAGGCGGUGGAGGUAGUAGAAGCAGUUCUAGAACUAGCAUACGGCGCAGAGCAACAUCAAGGCCCGCAGCCACACGGAGGAGCAGGAGCCCGAACAAUCGUCCCACCACCAGCGGGAGAACCGAAGAACUGACUCUGGUACAACAACAACAGUCUCCACCCUGGCCCGCCGCGCAAGAAGUUGUUCACCUAGAUGUUGGUAGUCGUCGUCCUUCAGGUGGAACUAUUUUUGGGUCUUCACAAGAAGAAGAGCCGGUUGUUUCGACGUCCCAGCUCAAUCAUGCUGCUGGUGGAACAUCAUCAGCCAGUCCCAGUCCUCCGUAUCUGCUCUCGGGCACGACUAGAAAUGUGCCGGCGCCAGAAGUACUAGAGGAGGACCACUCCCAGGAGAACACGCUGGUGAGAAGGGUGGGGAAUGUUAUUAACGAGUUUGUUCCAUCGCUUCCAUCGGCGCUGGUCAGCAACUGGUCGUGGAGCCCCCAGUAAGGACAGGGCGGGAAGAAGAAUCUGCACCUACUUCUUCAGAAGCACAUCAAUCUACUUUCUUAUCAGCAUGCGGGUCUUAGUGUUUUUUCUACUACGCUGCAUAGCAGUAAACAAGGAUACGAUAAUUUUAGGUGGUGUAGCUAUGUCGUCGAUGGAUGCAUUUUUAGAGUUGUACGAUAUUAUAACCUGCGACAGGUGCAAGACAGAGGAGAUAUUUCCCCAGAUCCUUUCUUUUCCACUACAUCAUGCAAGUAGCUGUGGCUGUUACUCGUCUCUCUAACUAUAUCGCGGAAGAAAAAUGUAUAUGAUUUUCGAACGGCAAUUAUUUUUGAUCGUCAACGACGUCGACCACCUCCAGCAUCCGUCGUUUUUCUGAGCUAAAGUUGACUCAACGCUUUCGACCGCUAUGCCAAAUUAAAGCCCUACUUGUACAUAAGAAAUUGUCGUUCGCAAAGAUGGGGACAAACAUUUUGUACCUGCAUGAAAUAAAUCUGUGCAUAAUUAAAAUCUUGCUACAAGGAAGUCAUUAUAGGGCAGUCUGUCGUUGUGGUCUACGACUAGUAGUAUUCUCAUCGAUGGUCUAAAAAUUGCUUGGAGAUCAUAGUACAGCUAUUGCAUUAGAGCCGUGUACAAUUAAAUCAUAAGUUUGUUUUGACUUUGUCUGUAUUCAAGAAUUGUUCCGCAUCACCCUCCUCAUAUUUAUUUUUUUGAUUGAUGUCCAAGUAACUCCCUGAGGGAAACGGAACGUGCGGAAGGAGCUUCCAUUUUUCUGAAAUCUGUGUAGGCAUCAACCGCAAGAUCCAUGGUGCAGUAAGUAUUGGAAAAACUGGCAGUAUACGAAGUGAGUCAUUCUCUUCUUGCGAUGUAAGUGGCUCUUGUCGGCGAAAGACCAGUUGCACGAAAAGCAAAAGCAAAAGCUCCUGUGUGGAGAU